AUGAGUGCAGACGGCAUACGCUCGGCACCGACCACAGAAGAGAAGAAACGAGUCCUCGCAGUAUACUCUGACGGUGCGAAUUGGCAGAUUAUUGCCAAGUACGAUGGCAUCGCGCUGUCCACGGCCCGACGUAUCGUCAAGACCGGCCAGAUCGCCAACAAGCCAAGAGGCGGCGCGAGCCAAAGCCGGACCAAAGUCACCCCUGAGAUACUCGCUGCACUCGAGCGCUACCUGGACACCAACUGCCAGUUCACCUUGACAGCCAUGCAAGAGUUCAUUGCGUUGGACUUUCCUGGCACCCAACUGUCCAAGCAGACGAUCAACCGACAUCUACUCGGGAUGCUGUAUACAGUCAAACAAGUGUGUAUUGAGCCAUCGACAUGCAACAGCGACGAAAACAAGGUCAAGCGCAAGGAGUUUGCAGCAGCACUUGUCGAAUACCAGCGAAAUGGGGACUUCAUUGUGUACUACGACGAGACGAACUUCAACAUUUACUGUCAUCGGUCGAUUGUUGCUAAGCACAAUGGCAUCGCGCUCUCCACGGUCCGACGUAUCGUCAAAUCCGGCCAGAUCGCCAAUAAGCCAAGAGGCAGCGCGAGACAAAGCCGGACCAAAGUCACCCCUGACAUACUCGCUCCACUCGAGCGCUACCUCGACACCAACUACCAGUUCACCUUGACAGCCAUGCAAGAGUUCAUUGCGUUGGACUUUCCUGGCACCCAACUGUCCAAGCAGACGAUCAACCGACAUCUACUCGGGAUGCUGUAUACAGUCAAACAAGUGUGUAUUGAGCCAUCGACAUGCAACAGCGACGAAAACAAGGUCAAGCGCAAGGAGUUUGCAGCAGCACUUGUCGAAUACCAGCGAAAUGGGGACUUCAUUGUGUACUACGACGAGACGAACUUCAACAUUUACUGUCAUCGGUCGAUUGUUGCCAAGCACAAUGGCAUCGCGCUCUCCACGGUCCGACGUAUCGUCAAAUCCGGCCAGAUCGCCAAUAAGCCAAGAGGCGGCGCGAGACAAAGCCGGACCAAAGUCACCCCUGACAUACUCGCUCCACUCGAGCGCUACCUCGACACCAACUACCAGUUCACCUUGACAGCCAUGCAAGAGUUCAUUGCGUUGGACUUUCCCGGCACCCAACUGUCCAAUCAGAUGAUCAGCCGAUAUCUACUCCGGAUGCUGUAUUCGGCUAAAGAAGUGCGCAUUGAGCCAUCGACAUGCAACAGCGACGAAAACAAGGCCAAGCGCAAGGAGUUUGCAGCAGCACUUACAAACUUCAACAUUUACUGUCUUCGGUGGGUUGGACGCUCGAAACAAGGGACUCGGGCGACCAUUGUGCUGCCGCCAUCGAAAGACCCGAACCUGCAAGUUCAGUGUGCCUUGUCUGCCGAAGUCGGCCUCGUUUGCCAUCGUUUGGAGCGGGGUAGCAUCAAAAUGGACAAGAACGCACAGUUUGUGGAAGAAGUUUACCGAGCGGCAAAAGCGUCGGAGGCCUACACGACCAGUGUUGUCGGUAAGAAGGUGGUGAUUGUGUUGGACAACGCCCCGGCCCAUUCGCAGACGGAGCAACGGGUUGCUUCGCACGACGACUUGUGUCAAGCGUGUUUGUUCCAAGGCAGGAGCGACAACAAAGAAUUCUUCAGUGAGUUGCUCCGCGCUCUUGUGUUUGAAAGCGCUUACCCCAGUCUGUGGGCUUUGUCGACAAAGCCCUAUUCAGACCUCUACACCCAUACCCCCCACGCUGCUUCAAUGGAUCACGGCGAGCCUCUGCCGUUGACGCCACGUGGACGGACCGGCAUGGUGUUACACCGGACCCGGUCCCAAGAAGAUGUAUACGCCCAGCCGAUUGACAUCCCUGUGGCGCAAUACCCUCCUGAAAUGGCUGUGCGCCAUCUGGGACAGCAAGUGCGCCAGGCGGUGGAUGCUCAAGGGGCUCGCAUCGACUAG